AUGGGUGCAAAGCCACCUGCCCUCUUCUGGGGAUUGCUAGCGCUUGGCCAGUUCCUACACGUCUCCCGACAGUCGGGGCUUACCUCGGGGCAGUUCACGAGUGUCGACCUGAUCAAGGCGUAUUUCUCCCGCAUCGAAGGGGUCAAUCUACAGGUGCCGAUGCUCCGCGCUGUGACAAAUCUGUCCGCGCUCCAGGAGGCUGCGAUCCUGGAUUAUGAGGAGCUCACCUACGUGCCACGUAGUGUGCUCCAUGGGAUCCUGGUGCUUGUGAAGGAUAAUGUUGCGACUGUGGCAUUUGAAGGUGUGGCGAAGCGAUUACGCGAGGCGGGAGACAUUAUUCUUGGUAAGGAAAACCCGUCUGAGUGGGCACACUUCCGUGGAAACAUAAACUCUGGAUGGUCAGGUGUACUUUGA